CAUCACAAAUCACAAUCCCCAGCUCUCUUUAGUUUCUGCCAUUAUGGGUACUAUGGUAGGGCAUGUUGCACCAGGCCUUGGUUUCUUUCUGCUAGGUCUAUGGCAUCUUUUUAACCACAUUAAGCUCCACUCUCUCCGUCCAAAAACUUACACUUCUUCUCCCUGGUUUCCUACCUCCAAACUAAGGUACAUAGAGCUCUACUUUAUUAUGACAGGGAGCUCUAUUUCUGUAGCCAUGGAGCUCUUCAUCGGCCCUACAAAACACCAACCACUAGACACAGAUGGAACCAUACCAUCAAACCAUCUCCGCAACUUUGAACAUUCACUAAUCUCGAUGACCCUUAUUGUCUAUGCAACUUUUGCCAUCAUUCUUGACAAGAUUUGCCCGAAAACAACUAAGCGUGGUCUAACACAGCUCAUUGGAGUUAUCGUGUUUGCACAACAAUUUCUUCUCUUCCAUCUCCAUUACACCGAUCAUGCCAGUCUUGAAGGCCAGUACCACUGGUUUCUUCAACUUGUGGUCUUUGUUUCUCUAGCCACAACUAUUCCGGGAUUGGGUCUUGAGAAAAGUUUUUUGGUUAGCUUUGUUAGGUCGUUUAGUAUUAUGUUCCAAGGAGUAUGGUUUAUAGUCCUGGGUUUUAUGCUUUAUACCCCAGCAUUUAUUCCUAAAGAUUGCUACCAAUACUACGAAGAUGGUCGUCUAUUGGUUGCAUGCCAUACUGAGGAGGCACUUCACAGGGCUAAAUCCUUGGUCAACAUUCAAUUCAGCAGCUACUUGAUACUUAUUACGAUUCUUUGUACGUUGUUUUAUUUGAUUUUGACCAGGAUUUAUCGCAACAAAAGGGUCGCUAAGUAUCUGUUGUUAACGAAGGGAGAAGAAGGGAAAGAGGAAGAAGAAGACUCGGACGAAGAUGUUGAAUUCCAGAAACCAAGCAAGCUUGGCGAGUCUUAAGAAUUUUUUUAUUUUUAUGUCAAGGUAAUGAAUAUUAGUACCUUUGAAGGCGUGGAUGCAUGUGGUUUGUACGUACUGGGUGUUAUUAAGCUGCUUGUAGUACAGUUGGGCUGAUGACAACAGCGAAAAUAUGUGUGUUAUGAAGUUGUUUUUGGCUUUGGAUUUUUGACUGCUUUCAUGUAUUGUUUCUAAGAAUUUGUGUGGAAUAAAAGUAUUUGCAAGUAAUCUACCGAAA